AUGCACAACCAACCGGCGAUUUCACUAGCUACCACAAAAUCACGGGAACACCAUUGUGCGACGAUUCCUCCUCCUGGUCCUUAUCUUUUCGUCGAUUUCCCCUAUCCCUUACCUCAUAUUAGCAAGUCGCCAAGUCUGCAGUUUGCCAAUGACUGCGGGGCUGUUACGAGAAAGUUAAUUUCUAUCGAAUAUCCGACUUGGAAAAAAGUGCCAACAAAUGAAAAGGAGAACUUAUGGUUGACCAUCAAGAAACGUUGGAAUAUCCAUGAUGAAAACCGCAAAUCAUAUAAUGAGAGAAAUCCACUUGAAACCUACUCAUAUCUGGAAAAGACAGCAUUGCAAAAAUUUAAGGAAAGGAUAUCAUCAAAGGAAUUCCAGGAUAUAAGUGAGAAAGCAAGGAUUAGUGAGAAAGCAAGGAUUAGUUCAAUGGGUAAUACGAAUCUAGCCCGAGUAGGCCCACAUGGUUAUCGGGGCAACAAACCUAAGUGGGAACAAGAGAAGGCAUCAGGUCAGCUGCCGUCACAGCUUAAAAAAGCUUAUGUUCAAAAAGAAAUAUCCAAUGGUGAUUUGUUGUCGGGUCCCGGAGAAGAUUUGUUGAAUAUGGCAAUAGGACCGGAGCAUCCUGGUCACACUAAGGCGGUGGGGCAUGAUAUCGGCUUAAGAAAGGGGAUGCAAGGACUUGACAAAAAAAAGAGGAAAGUUGUGGACAAAGAACUUGUUAGUAAAAUGCAGGUCCGGUUAGAUGAAACUGUGACCCAAUUGGCAGAGUUAAGAACAUUGUUUGCGAUGCAAGGGUCUAGGAAUCAAGUCCCAAAUAAUGUAUGCUUCGAUGUUCAAAACAAUAGGUCUAGCUCGACGUCGACAUUGGAUGGUUUAGAUACGAUAAAGGCUAUUACUCAUUGUGAUUUGAUGUUACCUUAUGGUGAUAUGAACCAAAAAUAUGCCAGAGGGAUGGUCUUUCCUUAUAAUGAUGGGUUAAUUCACUCAGUUCCUUUACGCGAAAAUCACUUGAAGGUUAUGAUUGACAACAUAGAUGAAAGAUAUAAAGGUAUUCCUGUUCCUGUGAUGACAAAUGAAGUUGGUAUCCUAAUAGAUGCAGUUGGCACUGUAAUUCAAUGGCCGCGGAUCGCAAUUGUUCUUAGUAAGGAACAACAAAACAAGGUGCCAUCACAACAACAAAUUCAGACAACAAGUGCGCGACCAUCAACUGCAAAGGCUACCAACCUAGUGGUUCAUGUGGUAGCCGAUGCUGGACAUCUAGAAGCUGGGGCGUUUGAUUUUUCAGUUACAUAUGAAGAUUAUUAUCAUUUGUUGAAAAAACAAACAACUAAUUUGUCCAUCAUAACAACUUGGCAGAUCCUUCUACACUUAAUGCUUCAGAAACGCAUGGGAAAGUGUGCUUUCCUAAACCCGUAUAAGAUUCUUGGAAAAGCUUGUCAGGAAACUCCGAUUGAUGUCGUCAAUUAUCUCGUUGAUGUGAUGCAACUUCAUCAUGGAAAAGCGUUUCUUAUCGCACCAUACCUGCAAAAUACACAUUGGGUCCUCUUGGUGAUUUGCCCUUGAAAUCAUAUUGUAUACAUUUUGGAUUCUCUGAUGAAGCCUAUGAAAAAUCCGGUUGACAACUACUACCUACUCCAACUUUUGAAAAAGGCUUUUGAGAUGUAUGAAAAGAACACAUCAAUUCCAAUUGUAUGGAAGCUCACUAAGCUGGUGUAUUGGAACGUGAGCUGAGUGGGCAUUAUGUAAUGAAUUGGAUCUUUGAUUUUGUGUUGAACAGACAACAUGAAUUUCCGAGCAGAUUUGGUACCCUUUGGAAUGACAAAACUGCAUUUGAGGAAAAGUUGUUGGUUACAACUGUUGCUACAUGGGCCAGAGAAUUUCUGAAAAAUUUUAUGAAUGAUGUGGUUGUCUAAAAGUGUAUAUAAGUGGGAAUGAAGGAUAGCUGUUCUGUUUUGUUUUUAAGUGAGGUUGGAGGACAACUGCAACGCUUGAUUAUUGGACAACACUUGGGAAAACAAUUUUAUUUUUGAAUUUAUUUAUGCAAGUUUUAUGUAGUAUGAAAUGACAAAAUCAAGGAGUUUUU